ACGACUUUGUGCAGGGUGAUAGCGAUGGAGGAGAGUUGGUUCAGGCGGCUCUUGGACCGCUAACAAACGGACAGAACGACGGGGCCGCUGCAUUCAGCAUAUGGACGGAAAAGCUUCGUAAAGAUGUUCGGUGCCGGCUCCAGCGGGAGAUUUCCAAAUUGCAGACGGUGAAAUUAUUGAUGGAAUUCUUUGAGGAGUGACUUGUGCUGUGGAUAAAGGGAGCCUGAUGAUCUCUUGUUCUUGGCUUUCCUGAAGGCAUUUCACAAGGUACCAUGGAAAAGGAUAUUAGAAGGAGAGAAUUUACAGUCGGGAAACUGCAACCGAUCAGGAUUUCAGAGUGUCCCAAUUUGGUGUAACCUGAAUCUCGUUGGGUUUUGAACAUGGAAGGAGAAUACACUGUUGACAGCGGUGAGAAACUGUACAUGUGUGACGUGUGUGCACGAGCAUUCAGCCGAUCAUCUGACCUCUCGAAACAUAAACGGAGUCACAAGGAGAAACUGUGGAAAUGUGGGGACUGUGGGAAUGGAUUCAGAUCCUCGACUGAACUGGAAAUUCAUCGGCGCAGUCACACUGGGGAGAAACCAUUCUCCUGCUCUGAAUGUGGCAAGGGAUUCAGUCAGAAAUCCCACCUGCAGAGACACCAGCGAGUUCACACUGGGGAGAGACCAUUCUCCUGCUCUGAGUGUGGGCAGGGAUUCACUAAUUCCUCCAACCUGCUGAUACACCAGCGAGUUCACACUGGGGAGAGGCCGUUCAUCUGCUGUACGUGCGGCAAGGGAUUCACUUUGGCUUCCAGCCUCCAGACUCAUCAACGAAUUCAUACUGGGGAGAGGCUAUUCACCAGCUCCUAGUGUGGGGGGGGGAUUCCCUGACACAUGUAGCUUGAUGACACAUUGGUGAAUUCACACUGAUGAGAGAGUGUUUACCUGUUCCUACUGUAGGACAGUGUUGAGUCAAUUCACAUAAACGACUGUACAUCAGCAGACUGCCUGUGGAGAAGCUGAGUGAGGGGAUUCACUGAAUCUGCCACCUUGUGGACAGUUCACACUGGGGAGAGGCUGUUCACUUUCUCUGUGUCAGGGAAGGGGUUCAUUGAGUUAUGAAAACUGCUGAAAUGUCAGUGAGAUCCUGAGUAACUGCUGUGAUGAAGGAUGUAUAAUUUAUAUAAAUUCCAGUUUGGAAGUUGGCUUUUAUAAUAGUGACACUGAAUUUGGUUCAUUUUCUGAAAGUUUUCUUUGAAAGAAAAAGUGUGAAUCCUUGUGAAACAGUGACCUUCCUCCAGCACUGCUCAGAAUGCAAGUGGCUGUGGAGCCCCAUGUGGAGUGAUUGGGAAAUUGUUUAGACUCUUGUUGAUUUGCAAUGGAUGAGCAAACAUCAAAGGACAUCAUCUUGUUUUCAGUUCAGAGUAAUCAAGGAUUGAUUUUUCUUUAUAAACCCAAGGUUAGAAGGUAUUUUGGGGAUAAUGGGAACUGCAGAUGCUGGAGAAUGCAAGACAACAAAAUGUGAGGCUGGAUGAACACAGCAGGCCAAGCAGCAUCCCAGGAGCACAAAAGCUGACGUUUCGGGCCCGAAACGUCAGCUUUUGUGCUCCUGGGAUGCUGCUUGGCCUGCUGUGUUCAUCCAGCCUCACAUUUUGUUGUCUUAGAAGGUAUUUUGUUUAGUUUGGAGAUAGGACUAAGAUCAGAAUCAAGUUUAGCCUGUCUACUAUAUAGAGCUCAGAAUAAGUCACUAGAAACAAAAGAACAAAAAGUUACCUGAGUAGAACUUCUGAGGAGGGUUUGGUUUGAGCUGUGAAGGUAUUAGAAGCGGAAAAUGUUUAUACUCUCAAAUUUCAGAGAAUUCAUGAAAGAAAAUUCCAUAGUUCACAGGAUGUGUUUGGGCCAAACCAUUUCAGAUAUAAUUUAGAGAUUUAAUAUUUGAUGUAAUUUCUCUGGAUUUAAACCUGUGUUUAGAAAUGUGGGCACACAGUUGCAGCAGGUAAUCAGGAAGGCUUGUGGAACAAUGUCACUUCAAAUCUCCAACUCUCUUGAAGUAAAGUUGGGAUGUCUUCCUGCAACUGUACAAGGGGCUGGUGAGACCACAUCUCGAAUGCAGCGAAUAAUUUUGGCCCCCUUACGGAAUGAAAGAUAUUAUUUUAUUGGAGGUCGUUCAGAGAAUGUUCUCCAGGAUAUUCCCUUGUAUGGAGGGACUGUCAUGUGAGCAAAGGCUAAACUUCGUGGGAGUCUAUUCACUGGAGUUCAGAAGAAUGAGAAGUGACGAAACGUAUUAAAUUAGGCUUGUAAGGGUAAAUGUUGAGAGGAUUUUUCACUUGCUGGAAGAAUCUCAGACCAAAGUGCAUUGUCUCAGAACAUAGGGCCACCACCAAUUUAAGACAGAUGAGGAGGAAUUUCUUCUGUGGAGCGUUGAGAGCCUGUGGAACUUGUUGCCACAGAACAGGGAGGCAAAGUCGGGCCUAGUCUAAAAUGAAGGCUGAUGUAGAUUCUUGAUGAAGAAUUAUGAGAAAAUUACAGGAAAGCAGCCGUGAAGAAUGUCAGAUCAGCCCUGAUUCUGUACAAUGGCAGAGCAGGCUCAAGGGACCAAAUAGUGCUGUUGAGAAAUAGGUUGGGAGCAUUGUUUUUCUCUCUGUUUUCGUCUUGUGUAAUUACAAUUUUUUUUUGAUUUUGCUGAAGAAUCUCUGCAGCGUCACAUGAUUGACCACCAUAUUAACCAAAUUAAAAGAGUAAUCUCAAGUGGAGAUAGUCAGACACACAAUUAAACUGUCACCCAAUGUACCAGAAGAUGUGGAAAUAAAGUGUCAUCCAGUAUAAAAUAAUAAAUGAAAUUCAAUUCCA